AUACCCAACCAAUCCUCUACUUUCCCAAACCAAUCAAGCAAAGCAGCAGUUCUCUAACGACUCAAAUUCUCAAACUUUCUCAGCAUCCAAACAAAAAACCCCAUCAAUUUUUCCGAUGUCGAUCAUCCCCAGCUUCCGACAAGGCAGCAUUUUCGACCCUUUCUCUCUCGAUGUCUGGGAGCCAUUCAAAGAUUUCCCAUUCCCUUCCUCCUCAUCACUCUCCACAUUCCCUAAAUUUUCCCGGGAAAAUUCAGCUUUCCUGAACACGAGGAUCGACUGGAAGGAGACCCCGGAAGCCCACUUGUUCAAGGCAGACCUCCCGGGGCUGAAGAAAGAAGAGGUGAAGGUGGAGGUUGAAGACGACAGAGUGCUUCAGAUCAGCGGAGAGAGGAACGUAGAGAAGGAGGACAAGAACGACAAGUGGCACAGAGUGGAGCGCAGCAGCGGCAAGUUCUUGAGGAGGUUUCAGCUUCCUGAGAAUGCAAAGGUGGACGAGAUUAAGGCUGCAAUGGAGAAUGGGGUUCUGAGUGUCACUGUUCCAAAGGCAGAGGUGAAGAAGCCCGAUGUCAAAGCCAUUGAAAUCUCUGGUUAAUAUCGUCCCUGUAUUCUCUACUGCAUGCACGUCACAUUAUGUAUUUCCAUGUUUGAAUUUGGAGUGUCAGUUUUCAUCAAUGUUGACGUCAAUGAAAUGAGUGUGAGUGGUUGUAACAUAAUCGCUUGUAACUUGUUGGUUUUUAAUGUAAUAAAUGGAUCGUAAUUUUGGUAA